AUGCAGUCCCCAGCUGCCAGUGCUGGGGGACUCAGUGGCCUCCUCUUUGGGGCCUACACACUCCCCGCCUUCAAGUUCCAGCCUCGCUGUGAGAGCAUAGACUGGAGGCGCAUUAAUGCCCUGGAUGUGGACCGUGUGGCCCGGGAGGUGGACGUGGCGGCUCUGCAGGAGAACAUUGAUGGCGUCACCUUCUGCAACUUGGAGCAGGAAGCCUGCAGCUGCUGUGGGCAGCCUGUGGACCCGGUGCUCCUCAAGGUGCUGCGUCUGGCACAGCUUAGCAUUGAGUACCUACUGCACUGCCAGGAGUGCCUGAGUGCCAGCUUUGCCCAGCUGGAGGCACGGCUGCAGGCCAGCCUGCGCGAGCAGCAGCAAAGCCAGGUGGCGCUGGGCCACCAGACUGACGAGCUCAAGGUUGUGAGGAAGGAGAGCCACCAGCGUCACAAGAUGAUCAGCACCCUGCAGCAGCUGCUAGUGCAGACAGAUGCCCACAGCGACCACCCGUGCCACCUGUGUGACAAGACCUUCAUGAGUGCCACCUUUCUCCAGGGCCACAUCCAGCGCAGGCAUGCAGGCGUGGCAGAAGGUGGUGAGAAAACAGAAGAAGCAGGACAGCCAGCGGAAGAAGUGCUGGGAGAGCUUCGGGCCAAGCUAAAGUGGACCCAAGGGGAGCUGGAAGCUCAGAGGGAGGUUGAGAGGCAGAGACAGCUGCAGGAAGCAGAAAUCGGUCAUCAGAGGGAAAUAGAAUCUAGGAAAUAAUUGGAAGAGUGGAAAGAAAAAGAGUGGACCACGCUUUAUGAAGAAAUAGAUAAGCAAAAAAAAAAAUUACUGGGCGAUGAAUGUAGAAGUAUCACCAACAAGUAUUCUAUUCUAGAAGAGAAACUGCAGGCUCUGCAAUCCCACAGUGUAAUGGAGUCCAACCUCGGAUCACUGCGGGAUGAGGAGUCUGAGGAGAGACUCAGGCAGACACAGGAGCUCGAAGCCCUGAGACGGAAGAUGGAAAUUCAGAAAAUGCAGUGCAAGAGGAAAGUGAAGAACCUGCAGGAAGAGCAAGUGGCUGAGAUGAUGGAACCACAGGAGGAGAACAAGAGGGUCCAGGCCUCCCUGUCUCAGGAUGAGAGGAAGGCAGCUGCCCAGGUCCGGCGCCAGAUCAGCGCCCUCCACACCCAGCAGCAGGAACAAACUGGGCUCAUCGCCUCCCAGGAGGAGAGGGUACGUCUGUCCCCAUCCAGCCAGGCCCUGGUGCCCCAGGCCUGUUCCUGUGAGGAGCUCCUUGGACUCUUCUGGGCUCAUCAGCGCUAG